CUGCUUCCACUUUGUGUCGUUGAAUUACCAAUUUGUGGCGUUUUUUAGUCCACUGUACAUUCCAGUGGGCACCAUACGCAAUUCUGAGACUGACUGAGGAGAGACAGCAACCGGUGGUUGGUACGCCGAACUCUCGGCGCCAGUUCGAUUCAUCCGUCGGCUGACGGCACUGACAACCUGAGAUAGCUGGAGAGUACUCACGCCGCUUUUUCCUCUGAUUGUCAUCGGCUCUCUUCAGCAGCUCCUUCCUUCUUGUCUUCGAAAUGCGACCGUUACGUGUGGCCGUUGCCCUGUUCUGGGCAAUGGUUGCGGUGGUGGGGUUUUGGGCUUCGCCGGAUAGCCGCUUGACCGUGCGAGGUCCACAGUUUGCAGACGCGGCGACACGGGGAGUUGUGAAAUCUUUGAAACGAGCAAUGAACCAGGGCUGGCGCAAUGGAGCCCACAGCAUUUGCGCGAUCCUCGGCUGUGACUACGAGCAUGUCAAAGCGCAUCUAACGCAUAAGCCCACUUUCUUCCAUUCAUUCAAGGCAGUGUGCGCUCAGUUGGACGAGUUCGAGGAGGAGGUUACACACGCCAAGAUGCGAGAGGAAGACUUGACCCCGAGCCAGAGAGAGUACCGCUGGCUCCUCCUUUCGAAGGGGGCCGCCUUGAUCAACGAUGCUCUGGGAACGCAGUUCGAAGUGCCGGCUUCCUACGUUCCUCACAACGCGAAGAACCGCCACUACAUACCUGGCCAGCGCGGGGAGGGAGACGAGAAGGAGAAGUUGAAGACCCGAAUGAGGGGACUGCAGGUGGUUGUCCCGCUUCCAACCCUCGAGGAGAUUCAAAAGGACGGGAUGGACCGCCUUGCGGCCGUAAGGGAGAAACACAUGGCCCAAAUCAAGGAGCUGGAGGAUGCUCGUCAUCGAAAGUUCUUGCUGCUUCAGGAGGAACACGACCGCCAGACAGACCAGCUGGUUUCUGAACUUAGACUGAAGCACACCGAAGAGAUGGACACAAUUCGUCGCGAGCUGGCUGAGGAGAGGCGCCUCUUCGAGCAGAGCGUGAAGGUGUGGGACGCAGUCAACCGCCUGCUCACUGACGCUCACGUCGGUAUCGAGACGCUGACCGACCGUGUCCACACGAUGAGUCAGCAUGUGUUCAAGUUGAACGUGUUCUAUGAGAAGCUGCACUCGUUCCAACAGACGGCGAAGGAAAAUCCGACUGGCGCUGCGCCGUACUCUGCCCUUUCCUACGCUUUCCAGAGUGAAGCGGCUGUUGACCAGGCGAUGCACCAGAUUGUCGCGAUCUACCAAGAAGCGUCCGCAGGCGUCGCCCGAGUUCAGGAGAUUUUGAAUCAGGCCGAUGGGGUCAUGGCGACGGCUCCGACAAGAGACGACGCCGCGUGGUUUCAGCAACGCCAGCGCGGCUACAAAGACCGGCUGGAGAGCUUCGUCAACCUUCUCUCCGACCUGUCAGUGCGACUGGAGGACUACAUGCAGACCGCUGAGGAGCGAAAACUCGUGACGCUGUUCCUCGGAGACGAGGUCCGCACGCAAAUCUUGGCUCUGCUUCAGGAGCGGACCACUGAGUGGUCGACGCGCCUCGCGACAUUGCGCGAACGCACGCAAGGCAUCGAGACUGCGGCCAACAAGUUCUUCGAGAGCAGCACCCAGCUGGAUCGGACGACAGGCGAGGUUGUGAGUGCAGUUCUGCAGAACCCUGAGGCAUUCCUUGUCCAGGUUUCCACGUACGCGACGGAGUCUGGCACCCUUCGCUCGGCGGCCGGCGUCAUCGAAGAAGACUUGAAGGCCGUGGUCAAGGCGUUGCAAGACUUGGGAAGAGAGAUGACUGGACUGACGGAAGGCGUAGCUUCUGCGCAACUCCCUCCUGCUGUCUUGGACUUCCUCGGACUACCCGGGCUCUUCAAUGCCCUCCAGGUCGACAUGCAAGUGAAGGCGAAGGGCCAGCAACUGUUGCAACUCAUCAAGGGCCGUUUGAGCCAAACUGGCGAGAUAACGCGAAAACUGGAGAUGUUGAAGAGCGAGGUGAAGAACAUCAGGAGCCCCGCGGUGCGUGAACAGGCGGAAUGGGCACUCACCGAGGCGUCGACAAAGCUCCAAGAUGUAUUGCGGACCAAGGCUGAAGUGGAGCUGGAGAUCCAGCAGAUCAAUCUCCAGCUGCAGCAGGUCCAAGGCACCGUUACUCAACUUGACCAGAGAAUCGCUCACGAGCGCGUGGUGGCACAGCGAGCAGCGGCCGGCGGCUCCGCCGCUGCAGGGUUGCGCGGAGGUUCGCUUGCGCUUGGCGGCAGCGCUACCGGUUCUAUGGUGGGACUCGGAGGCUCCGUGAGCGGACUUGGCACAGAUUCUCGAGCUGCUAUCGCGGAUUUGGAGCAGAAGCGACAGAAUGAGAAGGAAAAGAUUCAAGAGCUGCGCCACAAUCUGUCCUCGAAGCAACGUGAAAGCGUCAGCCUAGACAACGAAGCCCGGCGCCUGGAGGUGGAAGUAGCAAACAAACAGCGUGAACUGGCGGAGGAGCAACAGAGAGUACUGCGCGUGGCGACUCUGGCUCAGGCGCUAACAACUGGUGCAUCCCCAAGUAUUGGAAUGUCAAUGGCAAGCAUGCGUGGAGGGCUUGGCUUGACUGGAGGCUUAGCAGGCAGCUCUGCGGCUCUCAUGACACAAGGGAUCAUGGGUUCCAGAGCGGCGGGUCUGUUGGGAGGAAGCACGGCUGGACUUGCGGGAGCAAGCAUGGGUGGACUUGCAGGAGGAAGCAUGGGUGGACUCGGAGGUGCAGGUAUGGGCGGCUAUGGAGGCGGAAGCAUGGGUGGUCUUGGAGGCAGAAGCACGGACGGACAGUUGGGAAGAGGGACACGUUAAGGGACCAGUUGUUUACAUGGACGGGCGUCACAAACAGACAGCUCUUCCGAGCGCGCUGCCUGCGACGCGCUGAGGGAUACAGCGAUAGAUGCUCAGUUGGCAUCGGACAGAAACCCGCAGCUUGUGUAUGGGGCGGAUGGCGUCCGCCUUUACACAUCCGGUUCUCUUCUUAAUGGCUCUGCAUUAGCCCUUACGACAAUUUGAUACUUAGAAGGCGUUACAGGCGGUCCGUGCACUGUCAGAGGCGGAACCGAAACUAGAUUUCUAGAGGCGAAUGCUUUCGUAACCGUUUUGGCCGUGCGUGGAGUAGGCAUGGCUUUAGUCUACGGCCACUGCUGUAUGAUGUGUUCCAGGUGGCAGAAAGGGGACGGGACGGACGAGGGGAAAGUGAUGGAGAACAUUGUGAAUAGAAAUAAUCUGGCGACAGGUGCAUGCUCUCAAGAACUCGCGGCAUUGACGGCAUGGCGAACAACCUGCCGAGUGAUGAUGGCGACGCUCAAUUGACUGUACGGGCGAGGCGCAUGCUGCAGGCUCUCGUCUGUGCAUGGGAAUCGUGUAUGCACACGGCAUUUCAACGCUGAAUGCACAUGCGAAGUUUUUUGUGAAGCUUCUUGUCUGAUGCACAUUUUAUUAAGGAUCUGCAGUGGUGGAAUGCUCAGAUCGAUUUAGAAAUGCUUGUUUAACGCUCAACGGGGGAUGUGCUAGUUUUGGCUCCAUGAGCACCUCUCUUCUGCCCGGAUGAACCCGGAUAAUGUGGUUGUGUAUGCCUGCACAGCACUGCCGCAACUCAAUUUACCAGAACUCGAGCCUUUUGAAUACAAUGAGCUGGUGCG